CUCGGUUUACGACAGAGUGCGUCCGUGCGCGUGGUGGGAACGGUAGCAAGAUGGCGGCGCUGAAGGAGGAGCAGUGCUACGGACUGUCCUGUGGAAGAGUGAGCAACGGUAGCAAUGUCUCCGUCUUUCACGUUAAACUCACUGACAGCGCAUUGAAGGCGUUUGAGGGCUAUCAGACCAGCAAGGUCCUGUCAUCACGGCCAUUGAUCAGGUUUAAUGGAAACCAAGGGAAAAUUUCAAUACCACGGUCAGAAACUUCCAGUGAACUGCAAACGUUUACUUUCUACCUGUCACAUGUGGGCAGAGAUAACCCCCAGGGCAGCUUCGACUGCAUCCAGCAGUACAUCACCAGUGAAGGGAGCAUUCAGCUGGAUUGUUUGGGUGGGAUCCAGGACAAAAUUACAGUAUGUGCCACAGACGACUCCUACCAGAAGGCCAGGGAAAACAUGGCCCAGGUCGAGGAGGAGACUCGCAGUCGGAGUGCCAUCGUCAUCAAGCUUGGGGGAAGAUACGUAGGUAAGAAGGUUCAGAUACGGAAACCGGCACCUGGCCUCUCAGACGUCGCCCCGCUACGGAGGACAUCUCGGCCUGUCAUUAUCUCUAGCAGUACGCUAAAGAAGGGCACACCUCAGCACAGGCCGCUCAGAGAGCGCCUCACACACCUGCUGGCCCUCAAGCCUUACACGAAGCCUGAGCUGAUCCUCAGGUUGCAGAAAGAUGGCCUCUUGCCAUUAGACAAGGACUCCCUGGAUAGCUACCUGCAACAGGUGGCGAACAUGAAUGGGAAAGACAACACCUUCACAUUGAAGGACGUUUUGUAUAAGGAGAUUCAGAAGGAAUGGCCAGGCUACACAGAAGGAGACCUGCAGCUUCUCAAGAGAAUCCUGUUUAAGAAACAGAACGCUGCCCCUCCACUGGACAGCCCGCCCAAAGAGCAGACCGGCAGCUCGCCAUCUCAGAAACGGCCGGCUGCUGACUUCACCGACCCUCUUGCAAACAAAAAGCCCAGGAUAUCACACCUCGUCAGCAAGGCUGCAACAGCCCCAGUGAAUGGCAAGCUCAGCUCCUCCAACGGGAGAGGGGAAGCAGGUGGAGCGCAGGCAGGUGGAGCGCAGGCAGGUGGAGCGCAGGCAGGUGGAGCGCAGGCAGGAGUGGCGGUUUCUGUGUCAGAUGCCGGCAUGACGUCCAGCUCCCAGCAGCUCCCUUUGCUGGACAUCCCUCGUCCUUUCGAAGCACUGUCAGAUGUGAGCAAUGACUCCAGCCACAACGGGAGAGAUUGUGACUCUCAGGAAACCGCAGUGUCCGAGAGGCUCAGCCAAUCUCCUUCGGUGUUCUCGGCCCCAACGAUGCUCCACGCGCCCAGCAAAUCUCCUUCGGUGUUCUCGGCCCCAACGAUGCUCCACGCGCCCAGCGUCGCAACAUCAUCUCCUGCACACGCAGCAGCCCCGGAUGGCCCUCGGGACAAGAGUCCUUCAUCCUUCAACAACAAGUCCAAGAAGAAGUCAAAAAAGCAUAAAGACAAGGAGAAGAGCAAAGACAAGGAGAGGGUGAGAGAAAAGGGACAAGAGAAGGAGAAGGAGAAGGAGAAGGAGAGGAAAAGUCGCGGGGAGCGUGUGCCUGAGCCUAACCGAGCCUGUGCGAUGAGCCCAGGAAACCUCAAAAGCAACAGUAUUCCACAUAAAAGCACAGAUCUGAAUGGGAUGUGCAACAGUACCAAUAUUCCUUCAUCGUCACCUGAGGUGGCAGACUAUUUAUUGAAGUACAUGGUGAUCGGCUCUCCGGAGCAGCGUCAGAAGUAUAAAACCGAUUUCAACGCCGAGUACAGCGAGUACCGGGGUCUGCAUGCUCGGAUAGAGGGCAUCACCCGGCAGUUCACUGUGCUUGACAACGAGCUCAAACAGCUCAAUCAAGGCACAGAUAAGUACAAGACAAUCCACAAUCAAAUACUUCAAGAGUAUCAUAAAAUAAAAAAGACUAAUCCAAACUAUAGCCAAGAGAAGAACCGCUGUGAAUAUCUACACAACAAACUGGCACAUAUAAAGAGACUUAUUGCCGAGUACGAUCAACAGCAACUUUAAAAGUAGUUAUUACACAGUGUUUACCUGUUGUCUCUGGAAACCAAGCAGAUAAAGGAAAACUCUGGACUCCGCCUGUGCUACAAAAAAAAAAAAAAAAAAAAAAAGUUCUCAUGAAAGAUGCCAUGAAAGGAGUAUUCCCCUCAUUUGGGGCCAAAGGCUCUGAUGAGGACUCAGCAGGACACACAAUCUUUUUCUCUUUCCUUUCUUAUUUUAUUUUUUUUCUGAAGAUGGGGGUGUGCCUGGUGUGGCCGGGUCCGUCUGUGUAGUUACAAUGCAUCCAGAAAAAAAAGGUUCUGUGUGGCUUUCUUUUUCUCAACAGCCCUUCCUGCUUAGAGUGCACAGAGGUCUGAAAGAGUCAAACGUGGAAACUUUCCCGCUUUCUUGGGAGAUGAUUCAAAUAAUCGUUCCUGCUUUUGAAACUGGAGGGACGGGGGAGGGGGGGGGACGCCGACACUGGGAUGAAAACUGCAGAUUGUGUAUGCCAAAUGCAACUAAUUUGUUUUUGAGUAAUGAAAUGAUGCAUCAGUUUCCCCCCAUAUCAAAUGGUUAUGACGUUGAAGUUAUUUUUCCUUUUUUAUUUAUUUUUUGACACUUAAAUUGGGGGGGGGGGGGGAUUGAGUCUGUUUUACACUCCUCAAUAUCAGUACUUAAAGCUGUCUCUUCUUUUCUGUCCUCGCAUCUUGAAUGUCAGCCAGUAUUUAAUUCAGAAGCUGCCUUGCCCAUCGAAUUGUCAGUCUGUUGGCGUUAAUCCUAUUUUUCUCUUUUGAAGAGAUGCAGAUAUAACUUUUGAUUAAAUCAAGACGAUGCAUCUAAAUGCACACAGUCAGACGCCGGUUUGUGCGCUCGGCUUUUCUUUUCUAAAAUAAUGUGCAGAUGUCUUAACAGAGGGGACAUGUGUGAAAGUUUCCAUUCACUCUCUGAGCUGUAGAUUUCCUCCUCACUCAGUCAUCAAGCUGCGCUGCUAGUUCAUCGGUUACAGCAGUGGUCUUUAGUUCUGGUUUAUUAUAAUGUAUCAAUGGAAAACUAUAUUCAGCUCUUAAUUGGUUGUCUUUCCAGUUUAGGUCAUGAUGGCUUUUUGUAGCAAUAGAAUUAUUCAAAGUUAUCUGAAGAGUUCAUCGUCGGCUCUACUCUUCAUCAUGCUUCAGAAGAUCCUCAAAUUGUAAGAUGAAGCAGACGGGGGGUGUGGAUCUGCAGGCUUUUUUCCUUCAUCUUAAAAAAAAAAAAGUGGUUUCAUCCACAGAUUUGAUUCCCGUGAGUUACCAUUAUUGUCCCCCUUUUUUUUUUUUUUGUUAAAAUAGUGUUUACAGUGUCUUUAAAAAGAUCAAAUGUUGAGUUAAGUCUGCUCCAUCGACCCACGCGUUAGUCCAUCGAGACUGUUAAGAUGAAGCCAUCCUUGAUCAUCUUCCAGGUGGAGGCGCAUCACCUGCGACCAGUUUUUGCCUUUUUCCAAAUGUGAUGUCAGAUAUUCACGGAGGUUGACCUGAAAUCUAUUUUCCUGGGUCAGCGCUCCACUCUGAGAAGCGUCGCGUCAAGACGUGUCCACUCGACGUAUCUGAAGACGAACUAGAACUGCUGUAUCGGAACUUCACCUGACAGACGAGCGAGUCGACUUCAGUCAGCGAGUGCAUUUCUGAUAUCGAUCUUUUUAUGUGAAUAUGAAAAAUCAGCACUUUUUUUCCUGAUCUUGCUGUUACCCGGGGGUUUUGUCCAAAUGACACUUUCUCUUUGUCCAUCAGAGUGCAUGCUUUAUGAAUGUGUUAAAAUGAACAGUCUUUGUAUCUUUACUUGAAAAAAAAAAAAAAAAAAAAAAAACUGCCCAAGGA